AUGUGCGAGCGGGCGGCGCGCCUGUGCAGGGCCGGCGCGCACAGGCUGCUCCGGGAGCCGCCGCCGCAGGGCCGGGCGCUGGGCGGGCUGCUGCGCUGGGUGGGCGCCAGGAUGGGCGAGCCCCGGGCGCCGCUGGCCCCCGACGCCCCCAACACCCCCGUCGCGGACCCCGGCCCCUACCCGGGCCCCGCCUCGCCGCGCGGGGGCACCGCCGUCAUCCUGGACAUUUUCCGCCGUGCGGACAAAAACGACGACGGGAAGUUGUCCUUGGAGGAGUUCCAGCUCUUCUUUGCAGAUGGCGUCCUCAAUGAGAGGGAACUGGAGGAUCUCUUCCACACUAUCGACUCUGACAACACCAACCAUGUGGACACCAAGGAGCUUUGUGACUACUUUGUGGACCACAUGGGGGACUAUGAGGACGUCCUGGCUUCCCUGGAGACCUUGAACCACUCCGUGCUGAAGGCCAUGGGCUACACCAAGAAGGUGUACGAGGGCGGGAGCAACGUGGACCAGUUUGUGACGCGCUUCCUCCUGAAGGAGACGGCCAAUCAGAUCCAGUCCCUGCUGAGCUCGGUGGAGAGCGCGGUGGAGGCCAUCGAAGAGCAGACCAGCCAGAUCCGACAGAACCACAGCCGGCCCAGACACAGCGCAGUGGAGAGCUGGUCCGGGAGUCCCACUCCCCUCUACGCCCCCAACCACAAGCUCAUGGCUGCGGAAGAAGGAAAGAGCUUCCCGCCUGGCACCUCAGACCCCAAGGAGGACGGCCUGGAUGCCCAGAUCAGCAGGCUGGCGGGGCUCAUUGGACGGCUGGAGAACAAGACCCUUUGGUUUGACCUUCAGCAGCAUCUCUCGGAUGAAGAAGGCACCAACAUGCACCUGCAGCUGGUCCGGCAGGAGAUGGCUGUGUGCCCUGAGCAGCUGGGUGACUUCCUGGACUCUUUGCGCCAAUACAUGCGGGGUACCGCUGGGACCAGGAACUGCUUCCACAUUGCUGCCGUGAGGCUGGCGGACGGCGUCACCUUCGUGGUCUAUGAGUUCUGGGAGACGGAGGAGGAGUGGAAGAGGCACCUACAGAGCCCUGUGUGCAAGGCGUUCCGGCACGUCAAGGUGGACAUGCUGAGCCAGCCUGAGGCCUUCUCCCGGAUCUCCGUGCCAGCUGCUUGGUGCACCCUGGGCCGUGACUGACUGCCUCCUCAAGGUCCCACAGAUGAGUGUGCCGCCCUGCUCCCUCUGACGAAGGAUGUCCACUCUUUUCUAGAAACUUUGGUAUACUAGCUGUCUUUUCAGUAUACUUCCAAAUAAGAGUGUCUCUUCCCACUGUUCAAAGUGAAGGCGCACCCCUCCCCUGGCACCCCCUGCCCCACCCUUGGCGGCAGAGCAGUGUCUGAGCUGCCGGGCCCUGCUGACAUGGGCGGGCGGUGGUGAUGGAGGCGGCCCCCCCACCCCGCCAGCAGACGGCCACGCAUGACCAGUCCCCAUCCACCUCCCCCUCACUCUCCCUGGUUGCCACUCCUCCACGUGGUAGGGGGCCGAGACCCUGUAGUGUCCACCUUAGGCCUGGGCUGAGCCCGCAGGCGGCAGUAGACCCCACGUAGCAGUGCCCUACUGGGCAAACAGCCGCCCUAGACGAGCACCAAAUAAACUCCCGUUGGGGACA